AUGCCGAGUAUUUGUUCGAUAUCUGGUUGUAAAAAUACGUAUGUAAGUAGUGGUGAUCCUUACAACCUCAUCAGUUUCCACAGGAUACCCAAACAUCCUGAGAAGAGAUUUUUAUGGGAGCAACAAGUUAAAGCACUCAUUGAUGAUUAUGAAAAAAAGAAAAUGGUUGUCGUCUGCAGUGAGCACUUCACAGAAGAUUCAUUCUACUAUAUGCAUGGUAGAAAAAUGUUAAAAAGUUCAGCCAUUCCUGAAAUUUUCAAAACUAAGGAAAAUUUAGAAAAUGUCAGAUUCGAAUGUGGGAAAGAUAAUGGGGUCCACGUAAAUAUUGGCCAACAGACCAACACACCUGGGGAGACAAAUUUCAUGGAUGGCAUGACUUUCAGCAACGAGUUUCAAAACUCAGAAAAAUUUGUGAAUCACAACGAUUACACAAUCAAGCUGUUUAUAAAGACAGAUUACUGCCUCUUGCAACCUUGGCAUAGCUGA